AUGGCUGACCCAUCUGCGAACGGGAACGCUCCCGCUGCCGACACUACCACCACCGCCGCCGCUGCUCCCGCAACCGCAGCCGCGCCAGCAGCAGCAGAAGCCGCAAAGCCUGCCGUCCCCAAGAUUGAAGAGCCCAAGCUGUCCGGUGCCGAGCUGAAGAAGCGCGCCAAAGCCGAAAAGGCAGCCAAGCGCGCGCGCGAAAAAGCAGACAAAGAUGGCCCCGGCGCCGCCGCAGUAGGCGGGGGACAAGCGUCUGGCAAGAAGCCCGAGCAGAAGCAGAAGGACGCCAAGGCGGGCGGGCAGCAGGGCGGCGCGCAACAGCCCGGCGGUGGCGCGCAGAAGGGCCAGCUGCUGCUGCAGCGGCCGGAGGCGGCGAUGCGGCGGAGGUCGAGCCAGCAGGUGGGGCCUGCGGGCGCGGCUGGGCCGGCGAAAGAAGUCAAGGAGAAGAAGAAGCCCGCUGAGAAGAAGGUGGGCUUGUUUGGACAUCUGUAUGGCCAGCCCCGGAGGCAUGAAAUCGAGGGCGCGGCGAAGGAGGUGCAUCCUGCGGUUUUGGCGCUGGGGCUGCAGAUGAGCAGCUAUGUUAUCUGUGGAAGCAACGCGAGAUGCGUCGCCAUGCUGCUGGCAUUCAAGUCGGUCAUCAACUCCUACAGCACGCCGCCCGGCACCGCACUCGCGCGCCAUCUCGUCUCGCACCACCUCUCGCCGCAAAUCUCCUACCUCUCCUCGUGCCGACCCCUCUCUGUAUCCCAAGGCAACGCGAUCCGCUGGCUCAAAGACCUGAUCGUGAAGAUCGACCCGUCAGUCCCCGAGCAAACCGCCAAGCAACACCUCAUCUCGUCCAUCGACACCUUCAUCCGCGAGCGCAUCACGGCCGCAGACGAAGUAAUCGCGGAAUCGGCGUCCCAAAAAAUCGUCGACGGCGACGUAAUCGUGACCUACGCGCAAAGCAGCAUUGUGCUAAAAACGCUGCUGCGCGCGCACUCUCUGGGCCGCAACUUCCGCGUCAUAGUCGUGGACAGCAAGCCGCUGUUCGAGGGGCGGCAGCUCGCGCGCAGCCUCGCGGCUGUCGGCAUCCAGACAAGCUACUGCCUGGUAGGCGCCGUGGCGCACGCCAUCAAAGAAGCCAGCAAAGUUUUCCUAGGCGCGUCAGCCAUGAUGAGCAACGGGCGGCUGUACUCGCGCGUGGGCACCGCCAUCGUCGCCAUGCUCGCCCACGAGCACGACAUCCCCGUCAUCGUGUGCUGCGAGAGCGUCAAGUUCACGGACCGCGUCGCCCUCGACUCCAUCGUGAACAACGAGAUUGCGCCUGCCGACGAGAUCCUUGGCCACGGCGAGUGGAUUGGCGAUGCCCCGGUCACUGACGAUGCAAAGGAUGACAAGGACCCCGAGGCCAAGACGCUGGGCAAGCGUGAUACUGCUCUUGCUCGCUGGAAGGAUACCCCUGGCUUGCAGCUCCUCAACGUCCUUUAUGAUGUCACCCCCGCCGACUACGUCAAGAUGGUCAUUACCGAGUUUGGCAGCUUGCCGCCUAGCUCCGUGCCUGUCGUGCAUCGCAUUAGCACGAUUGUCUAG